UCCAGGAAGAAAGUGUUUCUGCUGGCUUCCCUGGCUGGCGAACCUUCUGUGAAUGAAAGGGGACAAAACGCAAGGCAGUUUAUUGCUACAGUGAUUUAGAAGGAAAAAAAGGAAAGAAGGGUCUCACCUUCCGUGCAAGGAUCUGUCUGCUGCUGCCGUUUCUGUUGCUGCUUCUGCGGUUGCUCUGCUGUUUCUUGCCAUCAGCUCCACUAUCUGACUAGCUGGCUCUAUUUGGGAAUACAGUCAAGUUGGAACUCAACAUUACUUUCAAAAUUUUAAGAACGUCAGACUUUAAAAGACAGUGAGGAGCUCAACAUAAACAGGAAGAAGCAGAGUAUCCAGCUACUUGGAGGGUGUUGAUUGAGAACUUCAAUUUCCCCACCCCAUUCGCUGUUGAUUUGACUGAUUUCUCACCUCGUUCACAGAGAAUAUUUCAAUUAAGGUCCCUUUAGAUGGAAUAUAAUGCAGUGGAAGCCUUUUCAUCAAAAGGAUUAAUGCCCACAUUAUCAUUUCUGCUAUAAAAGAAGCUAAGUGGUGGAGGCCACAGACACCUCAAACCUGGAUUCCAUAAUUCUACAUUAGGUGCUAUAGUCUUUAUUACUCUGCUUAGGAAAGCCUUUGCCAAUGCUUACAAGGAACUGUUUAUCCCUGCUUCUCUGGGUCCUGUUUGAUGGAGGUCUCCUAACACCACUUCAACCACAGUCGCAACAGACUUUAGCCAGAGAACCAAGAGAAAAUGUCAUCCACGUAUCUUGGCGGCAAUCACAUUUCCAACGAGUCAAACGUGGCUGGGUAUGGAAUCAAUUUUUUGUGCUGGAAGAGUACAUGGGCUCCGAACCUCAGUAUGUGGGAAAGCUCCACUCUGACUUGGACAAGGGAGAGGGCACUGUUAAAUACACCCUCUCAGGAGAUGGCGCUGGCACCGUUUUUACCAUUGAUGAAACCACAGGGGACAUUCAUGCAAUAAGGAGCCUGGAUAGAGAAGAAAAACCCUUCUACACCCUUCGUGCUCAGGCUGUGGAUAUAGAGACCAGGAAGCCCCUGGAGCCUGAAUCAGAAUUCAUCAUCAAAGUGCAGGAUAUUAAUGAUAAUGAGCCAAAGUUCUUGGAUGGACCUUAUGUUGCUAGUGUCCCAGAAAUGUCUCCUGUGGGUGCAUAUGUGCUCCAGGUCAAGGCCACCGAUGCAGAUGAUCCAACCUAUGGAAACAGUGCCAGAGUCGUUUACAGCAUCCUUCAGGGACAGCCUUAUUUCUCCAUUGAUCCUAAGACAGGUGUUAUUAGAACAGCUUUGCCGAACAUGGACAGGGAAGUCAAAGAACAGUACCAAGUACUCAUCCAAGCCAAGGAUAUGGGCGGACAACUGGGAGGAUUAGCUGGAACCACAACAGUCAACAUCACCCUCACUGAUGUCAAUGACAAUCCGCCUCGAUUCCCCAAAAGCAUCUUCCAUCUGAAAGUUCCUGAGUCUUCUCCUGUUGGCUCAGCUAUUGGAAGAAUAAGAGCUGUGGAUCCUGAUUUUGGAAAAAAUGCAGAAAUUGAAUACAAUAUUGUGCCAGGAGAUGGGGGAAAUUUGUUUGACAUUAUCACAAAUGAGGAUACACAAGAAGGAGUCAUCAAACUGAAAAAGCCAUUAGAUUUUGAAACAAAGAAGGCAUAUACUUUUAAAGUAGAGGCCUCCAACCUUCACCUUGACCACCGGUUUCACUCUGCGGGCCCCUUCAAAGACACGGCCACGGUGAAGAUCAGCGUGCUGGACGUGGACGAGCCGCCGGUGUUCAGCAAGCCCCUGUACACCAUGGAGGUUUACGAGGACACGCCGGUGGGAACGAUCAUCGGUGCGGUCACUGCGCAAGACCUCGAUGUGGGCAGCAGUGCCGUUAGGUACUUCAUAGAUUGGAAGAGUGAUGGGGACAGCUACUUUACAAUAGAUGGAAGUGAAGGAACCAUCGCCACUAAUGAAUUACUAGACAGAGAAAGCACUGCACAGUAUAAUUUCUCCAUAAUUGCGAGUAAAGUUAGUAACCCGUUAUUAACAAGCAAAGUCAAUGUACUCAUAAAUGUCCUAGAUGUCAAUGAAUUUCCUCCAGAAAUAUCUGUGCCGUAUGAAACAGUUGUGUGUGAAAAUGCCAAACCAGGACAGAUAAUUCAGAUAGUCAGUGCUGCAGACCGAGAUCUUUCACCUGCUGGGCAACAAUUCUCCUUUAGAUUAUCACCUGAUGCUGCCAUCAAACCAAAUUUUACAGUCCGUGACUUCAGAAACAACACAGCUGGAAUUGAAACCCAAAGAAAUGGAUACAGCCGCAGGCAGCAGGAGUUGUAUUUCCUCCCUGUUGUAAUAGAAGACAGCAGUUAUCCCGUCCAGAGCAGCACCAACACAAUGACUAUUCGAGUUUGUAGAUGUGACUCUGAUGGUGCCAUCCUAUCUUGCAAUGUGGAAGCAAUUUUUCUACCUGUAGGACUCAGCACUGGGGCUUUGAUUGCAAUCUUACUGUGCAUUGUGAUACUUUCAGCCAUAGUUGUGCUGUAUGUAGCUCUGCGAAGGCAGAAGAAGAAAGACACCCUGAUGACUUCUAAAGAAGACGUCAGAGACAACGUUAUCCAUUAUGAUGAUGAAGGAGGCGGGGAGGAGGACACCCAAGCUUUCGACAUCGGUGCUCUGAGAAAUCCAAAAGUGAUUGACGAGAACAAAAUCCGCAGGGAUAUAAAACCAGACUCUUUCUGUUUACCUCGUCAGAGACCACCGAUGGAAGAUAACACAGACAUCAGGGACUUCAUUAACCAAAGGCUGCAGGAAAACGAUGUGGACCCCACCGCCCCACCGUAUGAUUCCUUGGCAACCUAUGCCUAUGAAGGGAAUGGGUCUGUAGCAGAAUCUCUCAGCUCCAUAGACUCGGUCACUACGGACGCGGAUCAGGACUAUGACUACCUGGCAGACUGGGGACCCCGCUUUAAAGUCUUGGCAGAUAUGUUUGGCGAAGAGAAUUAUAACCCUGAUAAAGUCACUUAAGGGAGAAGCGAAGAAAAUUUUAAAAGAAGAAAGAAAGAACAAGAAAUACAAACAGAAAUCACAGGAACACACACACACACACACACACACACCCACAGGCUUUACACACACACACACACACACACACACACACACCCCACAGGCUUUCCAGGACAAGAUUCCUUUGAUUAUCUGCUUUCUAACAAGAUACUCUAUUUAUCAUAUUGUCAGUUUUGGUUUAUUCUGCCAACACAAGAUAAAUCCUAUAAUAUGUACUUGCUUUGUUUUGUUUUGUCAUUUUGGAAACACACUGAGACAAGCUCAGGCCUAUUAAAUACAAUUUACUGACAAGACAACCUAGAACGAAGAUAGCUAUCUGGCAUCACGGUGGAAGAGUGUUAGAUUUUUCUUAAUUCCACUAAAGUGCCUAUUGAAACUCUUAUAAUUUAAAGUGGUGUAUUGUACACUCUGCUGUGAUGAGAUUGCAGGAUUCAGAGAUAAAGAGGACGUAAAACAAAGACAUUGUCUUUAUGUCAUGGAGCAAUGGCAUCAUGCUGACUCUUCUAACUCCUUUUGAGGAAAAAAGAAUACUUUCUGAACUCCAUCUUCUUAAAAUUCAAAGUUCUUUUUUUUUUUUUUUUUUUUU